AUAAAAGCCGACUGAUAUAGACAUUGGCCACUCCUGCCCACCGUCACCCUCAUCUCUGUGGUCUAGAAAUCUCCAUUUCCCAAUUCCACCGCCUCUUUUCCCUUCUCUCAUCUCCCCCUUUCUCUUUAGACUGGUUUUGCUGCCACCUUCUGUACCGCCAAACCGAAUAAACUCAGAGUUAAUAUUGGAGCCCUUCAAUAAUUUGCUUCACCUUCAUGGCUGUUUUUAUUGCUUGUUUAGCGCUUUUCUUGACCAUGACUGGUCAUUCAGCUGCUAAUUACUGCGUCUGCAAUACUGGGGUGGGUGAUGGACAACUUCAGAAGAACAUAGACUAUGCCUGUGGAGCUGGAGCUGAUUGUGCUCCAAUCCUUCAAAAUGGUCCCUGUUUCAACCCCAACACUAUAAGAGAUCACUGUAACUAUGCUGUAAACAGCUAUUAUCAGAGGAAAGGCCAAGCGGAUGGGAGCUGUAGUUUUUCAAACACUGCAGCUGUGACUCAAACACCUCCAACUACUUCUUCCGGAUGCGUUUUUCCAUCUAGCCCCAGCAAUGCUGGCACGAGCACAUCAACCAACCCAUCUACAUCUCCUACAGGCACAAAUCCAACUUCUUCACCCACAACUACUGGUGGCUCCGGCACCGGCACCGGCGGCACGGGCACUGGUACUACUUCUACUACUGCACCAGGUUUUGGCCUUGGACCCUCUGGAAGUGGCAUCACCAACACAGAGAGCAUGGGUGUAGCUCUUCAGCAAAACUUGUUCACAUCUUUAGCUGCAACUCUUGUGCUUAUUGGCUUGAUAUGUCCAAGACUCUGAUCAGAGUCUGAGGAUGAGAGGUUUUCAAGUUUAGUGGGGGUUGAAUAUGUGGAUGAUGUUUUGCUACCAGAGAAUGUUGGAUUGGACUUUUGGCUAUGUGAUUGUACUGUGGAGCUGUUGUGGGAAUCAAGUAGGAAACUCUCACUAGGACUUCUUUUGUUUUAUUCCCCUUGUUAAGUGAUAAAGUUGGGAAUUUGAUUCCUUUGCUAGUAGGCGGGGAGAAUGGAGAUGUGGCUUCUCCUGGGGUAGUAGAGUGUAGAGUCUGAUCUCCUUAGACUUUUUGUAUAUCUAGAGAGGGCCAGUAUUUUUUUUGUUGUAGUAAGAAGUUGCUACCCCAGCUACGUUAUAUAUCUUUAUUUCGGAAGGAAAAACCCAACGUGUUUGUACUUUUUAUC